UGCGCUUGCCUAUGUGACACAAUUACAACAACUUUGAGCGGAUGGUUGGGGAAGUUUGCGAUAUUAUCAAAUAGCACUCACUCCUGAAACCCAACAUUACGUCAACUUCAUGCAUAUUUUGCCACUGGAAUACACGCUGUGUUGUGAUGUACAAUGAGGAGUAUGGAAGGUAACUUGAAGGGAUCAUUUCCUUGAGGAUUUGGCAAGAAUUACGCUACGCCCCGUUUCAGUCCUGGAGAGGUGUGCGACCCUUUCAUUGUUUCUGCGUUUCGCCGGAGUCGCUCGGUCCGGUUGAUCUUCCAUCGUCUAUCCAUGAAGUCGUGCGGAGUGUCGCUCACCGCCGCUGCCUCUGAUGCUGCCCGGAGUCUCGGCGUUGCUGGUAAUGACGAGGAGAAAAUGGCGUCGGGAAAAGCGACUGAAAUCGAAGAGGACUUUCCGAAGCUAACAGCGCAGGAGAAGGCGAGCCUGGCCGGAAUUGACAGUUCACUGUUUGGAUUUCAUAGGCUUCAAGAAGAUGGCGCCAGAACGAAGGCCUUGCUGUUAAAGGCUGUGAGCUGCUAUGAGGCCCUCAUCCUGAAAGCUGAGGGAAAAGUGGACCCUGACAUUUUCUGUCAACUGGGACAUUUCAACCUCCUGCUGGAGGACUAUCGAAAAGCAAUGUCUGCAUACCAGAAGUACUUCAGUUUACAGUCGGACUACUGGAAGAACGCAGCCUUUUUAUACGGCCUUGGCAUGGUUUACUUCCAUUACAACGCAUUUCAGUGGGCCAUCAAAUCUUUCCAGGAGGUGCUUUACAUUGACCCCAGCUUCUCAAGAGCUAAAGAGAUUCAUCUGAGGCUGGGGCUCAUGUUGAAAGUCAACACAGACUACGAGUCAAGCUUAAAGCAUUUCCAGCUGGCUUUGAUCGACUCCAAUCUCUGCACUUUGUCCAAAGCUGAAAUUCAGUUUCACAUUGCUCAUUUGUAUGAGAUCCAGAAGAAAUACAGAGCGGCGAAGGAGACGUAUGAAAGUUUGCUGCAGACAGAGAAUCUUCCUGCACAGGUGAAGGCGACCACAUUGCAACAACUUGGCUGGAUGCAUCACACGGUGGAGCAGCUUGGCGAUAAAGGCACCAAGGACAGCUAUGCCAUCCAGUGUCUGCAAAAGUCUUUAGAAGCAGACCCAAACUCGGGCCAGUCCUGGUACUUUCUCGGCAGGUGCUACUCCAGUAUCGGGAAGGUGCAGGAUGCCUUCAUCUCCUACCGUCAGUCCAUUGAUAAGUCGGAGGCCAGUGCUGACACCUGGUGCUCCAUAGGGGUGCUCUACCAGCAGCAGAACCAACCUAUGGAUGCACUGCAGGCCUAUAUCUGUGCCGUUCAACUGGACCACAGCCACGCCGCCGCCUGGAUGGACCUCGGCACCCUCUACGAAUCCUGCGGGCAGUUGCACGACGCUAUCAAGUGCUACAUCAACGCUACCCGCAGCAAGGCGUGCCUCAAUACUGCUGUGCUCGCUCAGCGCAUCAAACUGCUGCAGGCUCAGUUGUGUAACCCACAACCAGGUAGUCUGCAGAGUAAGAGUAAAAUGCUUCCUAGUAUUGAGGAGGCAUGGAGCCUACCCAUUCCUGCUGAGCUCACAUCCAGGCAGGGGGCCUUGAACACUGCACAGGCACAGCAGGCCUGCAAGGAGGGAGGCCCGUCAGCCAGUAACCACAGCGACCUGCAGGCCAGUCCUGCCAAGAGGAAGCGCACUGCCAGCCCAGCGACGAGUGUUACAGAUUUGUGGACAAACAGCCCCAACGAGCAGCAGGUUCCCAGCUGGUACCUGAGCCCACAGAAGCUUCAGCAACUGGAUCAGUUAAGGAGCAAUCGGACCAACCUUAAGCCCCCCCAGGUGCAGAUGUUGGAGCUGCUAGAGAACCAGUUUGCUCUGAUGCAGCAACAUCAGCAGCAGAUGAGGAGGCACGCAGCAGCAUGUGGCCCCACGCGGCCCGGCCUUCCCAACGGUCCUCUGGCUGAGCCCACCCAGCACCCCGCAGGCCUCGCCCGCACCUCCCUCAACCACACAGCCGGUCAGCGGUCCCCGUGUGCCGCCCAGCCCACGGCCAACGGAUCCUGCUCCUCGAGUCCUUCAGCGCGCCUGUUGGGACACCUGGACAAGAAUCACAGCCUGGGACUGGGAGGUGGUGGCGUGAGCAAUGGAAACGUGCCUUACCCACAGCAGAACUCUCUACCUCACAACUGCACAGCCGCCAAUCACCCCAGCACCAGCAGCACUACCAGUAGUCCCGGUCAUGCAGAGGAGACAUGGAGGAGCCAGCCACACAACACUACGACUCAGGGGCUUCAAAAAGGUCCAGGUUCGCAUUCGGCAGGUCCCAAUGGAGAACCCCCUUUCUCUUCCUCCUCCUCCCCUCAGACCUCGUUCUCUUCCUCUGGCAUUCUGAAUCAGGUUGGACAUUCCUCUGGGCCCUGCACUGCCUCCUCGUCAGCGUCCUCCUUAUCCCCCACCUCUCCUCAGUCCACACCCAACCACUUGUCCUCACCUCCCCACUCCACUACUACCUCAGGGGUCCACACCAAAGACAUUGCGCCUUCAGGGGGCAACAACGGCAGCAGUGGUGCCGCUGCCAUUUUGCCAUUAGGCCCAGAGACCGCCAUCAGGCAUUCCACAGGGACGCCGGUCAGUCCCAGCACCACCCCUGCGCAGGGAUUGACUAAUCAUGUCCAGGCACGGGUGACAGACAGCUCUGCUAGCCUGCCUCAGUCUGGCUCUCCUGCCCCUGUGCUCACUGCAGACAAUCCUAAACUCUCAGCCUUGUUAAAGGGAAAAGCCAAUACUAACGAUGAUAACUACAGCAACCACGGAGGGCCUUCCUCAGAGAAAAUCAACAAUGUCCACCCAAAGCUCCACGGCACAGCCAAGCCCACGUCAGAGCACUCGGUGACAUCUUCACCACUUUCAGCCACUGCUACGCCUUCUCCACACUCAGCAGACCCUCACAGCACCCACAGCCUCGCCUGCCUUAACAGCCCGUCCAGAAGCCAGGGGCCCACGCUCAAUGGGAAGGGCUUGGAGGACUCUCAGAGCCCCGGGAAGCUAGAAGUAGCUCAUAAGCCCCCCAGCAGUUUGGCUCUGUGGUCCUCCGUUUCAAUUUAUCCAAGUUCCAGUGAAGUGCUCAAAGCUUGCAGGAACCUGGGGAAGAACGGCCUGUUGACGAGCAGCAUCCUGCUGGACAAGUGUCCCCCGCCGCGACCCCCUCGCCCGCCCUCACCUCCACCGCCAAAGGACAAGCUCAACCCUCCAACACCCAGUAUUUAUCUGGAAAACAAGAGGGAUGCCUUCUUCCCUCCUCUUCAUCAGUUCUGCACCAACCCGUCCAACCCGGUCACAGUCAUCAGAGGACUAGCUGGAGCGCUUAAACUAGAUCUGGGCCUGUUCUCCACUAAGACGUUGGUGGAGGCCAACCCCGACCAUCUGGUGGAGGUGCGGACCCAGCUGGCUCAGCCCACCGAUGAGAACUGGGAUCCCAGCGGGAGCAGGAAGAUGUGGCGCUGUGAGAGCAGCCGCUCCCACACCACCAUCAUCAAAUAUGCCCAGUACCAGGCGUCGUCCUUCCAGGAGUCUCUGCGGGAGGAGAAUGAGAAGAAGAAGGUGGUGGAAGCAGAGGCAGGUUCCGCAGACAGUGCGAUGCGACGAAGGAAAGGACCGUUCAAACACAUCAAGUUUGGCACAAACAUCGACCUCUCUGAUGAAAAGAAGUGGAAGCAGCAGCUUCAGGAGCUGAGCAAGCUUCCAGCGUUCGCCAGGGUGGUGUCGGCUGGCAACCUGCUGAGCCACGUAGGACACACCAUCCUGGGCAUGAACACAGUGCAGCUCUACAUGAAGGUGCCGGGCAGCAGGACGCCAGGUCACCAGGAGAACAACAACUUCUGCUCUGUCAACAUCAACAUUGGUCCUGGGGACUGCGAGUGGUUUGCUGUUCCGGAACCGUACUGGGGCGUCAUCAACGACUUCUGUGAGAAGAAUAACAUCAACUUCCUGAUGGGCUCCUGGUGGCCCAACCUGGAGGACCUGUACGAGACCAACGUGCCCGUUUACCGCUUCAUCCAGCGUCCCGGGGACCUGGUGUGGCUCAACACGGGCACCGUCCACUGGGUCCAGGCCAUCGGCUGGUGCAACAACGUGGCGUGGAACGUCGGGCCCCUCACAGCCCAUCAGUACAAGCUGGCGGUGGAGCGCUACGAGUGGAACAAGCUGCAGAGCGUCAAGUCCAUCGUCCCCAUGGUCCACCUCUCCUGGAACAUGGCCAGGAACAUCAAAGUGUCGGACCACAAGCUCUUUGAGAUGAUCAAGUAUUGUUUGUUACGGACCCUGAAGCAGUGUCAGGUGCAGCGGGAGCUGCUGGUGGCUGCUGGGAAGGAGCUGGUUUGGCACGGCAGGACCCCCAACGAGCCGGCACACUACUGCAGCAUCUGUGAGGUGGAGGUGUUCGACCUGCUGUUCGUCACCAGCGAGAGCAACAGCAGGAAGACGUACGUGGUGCACUGCCAGGACUGCGCCCGCAGAGCCAGCGCCGACCUGGACGGCUUCGUGGUGCUGGAGCAGUACAAGAUCGAGGACCUGAUGCAGGUUUAUGACCAGUUCACACUGGCCAGUCCUCUGCCUUCCUCCUCUUGAUGGGAACACUGACUGCAAACAUUGUUUCUGAUAUUCAGGAAGUCAGGCAGCAGUGGUGCUGCUGCUCUCUGUAGCGACUCUAUAGGCAGCUGUGUGAAAGCUGUGUCUAUGCAACCUGCCUCCCCCUGCUGGACCGCAGGGGGCCGGCCUCACCGGACUGUUCUACUGCUGGCCCAGCUGGACUUCACUAGGAAACACACACUCACGCGCGGUGAAAUGAGGUUUUGUACAUAUUAUUGUUUAACUGGCAUCGUCCUCACAGACUACUGACGUUUUGUAUUGCCUCCCACAAUCAGAUGAAGAAUUAGCCUAGCUGGUCUUUUGUACGUUAGACGCCUCCUGGUCAGGAAAAGGAGAUCAAAGCUGUUUUGUAAUGUGAAAAGUUGAGUGACUCAUUCUUUGCAUUUCCCUGAUUUGAUUUUUCUUUUUUGUAUAAUUUUGCUGGAACUAUGACUGAGUUUUUGGUUGGAGAUCAAUUUGUAGACAAACAGCCAAGUCACAGAGAAAAGGUUGCACAUAGACUGAGUGAACUUUAAUUUGUUUUUGUUUUUUUAUUUCGAUGUAAAUUGACUCUAUUUAUAAAGGCAUAUUUAUUGCUUGAACAUAUGUUGAUGGAAUGCUGUAUGUUUUUCCCAGAACCUGCCAUAAAAUCUAAAGGAGCCGUGUGAUUUUCAGCACGGCUGCUUCUAUGUUUUCUAUAUGAUAAAGUGCUUAGUAAGCCUUGUACAGAGACCCUGGACUGGGUUUACUGGUUGAAGGAUGUUUUAUGCGUCGAUAAUUAAAACUGUCUUUAUUUACA